AUGUCGAGAAGCUGUGCUGUAUGCAGUAAGCACGGAGAUAGCCUGAAGAUUUGCGGGCAGUGCAAAGAUCGCUGCUACUGCAGUGCUGAGUGUCAGCGCUUGGAUUGGAAGAGCCACAAGAUCUCGUGCCAGCAAAAGACGUGCGACGCACCUGCACCUAAAAAAAGCAUAAGCGUUGAUGUGGAUUUUUUCGCUGGAGAUGAUUUUUGCGGAUGUGUUUCGAUUGCUGGGAAGGGUGUCGGCGUGGUUGCGAAAGCCUUCAUCCCAGCAGGACAGGUCAUUGUGCAAGACCAGCACAUCUUGCGCAUUGAUGGAAAGGAGCUUGGCCUGUCCGACCUUUGGUCGCAGUCUAACAAGCCCGCGGAUGUAUAUGAUGGAAAGCACGCGCUAAUCAGGAAGAAGUUUGAGCAGCUGUCCGAGGUCGAUCAAGCCAAGGUGCUCUCUCUUGAGGACAUGCAGACCAACAACAAGCUCGCGCGCGCAAUUGUGGACCGGCUCUAUGCAGAUGGCAGAAUCAACUCAUCCUGGGAAAAGCUCUACACGCUUUCGUCAGUGCCUUCAACUCCUGUUCCCGAAGUGCAGGAUGCCGGAUACAAGAGUCCAGAAGGAGUCUUCAAGACAAACUGUCUACCAGUGGGAGAUUCAAAUUCCCUUGGCUUGUAUCUGCGGAUCAGCAAAUUUAACAACAGCUGCUGCCCCAAUGCUGGGUACCGUUGGAAUCACGAUGUGCAGGGUCAAGUCGUGCAAGCGAUGCGCGAUAUCCAAGCCGGUGAGGAGAUUUGUGUCACAUACUUCCAUGCAAACUUUAUGACUUCAACUGUGCGGCAGAAGCACACUCUGAUGGGAUGGGGAUUCAAAUGUCAAUGCGAAGCUUGUGAGCAUUGUGACCGCAGUAAGCUGAAAGAGGUACAGGAUUUGGUGCGAUCACUGGAUGACGGCCAGAUGUCGGAUGAGGAUCUGACCGCGCUGAUCGGCGCCGACAAAAUGGGAUUGAUUCAGGCCGCUGUGGCCUCAGAUGACCGCAGGCAAAGCUUGGAAAAGCUCAAUGCUCAACUUAACAGAGCAUCAUCGUUGUCCAUGGUGAAGCGACUUGUGAAAUAA